AUGCGGCCCAUUUGCUGGACGUCUUCCAUCGUGGCGGUCGUCGCCGUGCUGGUCGUGUGCAGCAAACGGGCUGUUCCGAGCAGGGGCCUGCAGCCUCGCUCUCUCGCACCAUCCGGCCUCCCGGAGCGCACAAGCGACCCCGGCAAGGCCUUUGAGCUCGCACGGGAGCAAGGCGCCUCCAUACUCACCGGCGUUGACAUGAGCGCAGCGGGCGUCUCGGACGCUUCCUUUCAUGUGUUUGGUGAGGCGUUGCUCGCAGUUCAGGCGCCGGUGCACGUUGGCACCAACAACUUUGGGUUCAAAGGAGGCACACCGAUCACCAAUCUGGAGGCGCGACCUGCGCACGUUGACACCAUCGUGCAGUAUCGCGUUGAGCCGUACGAGGCGCCAGACUUCUUUAUGCUCUGUGCGCGCAGGCCGUCUCCGGGUGGUGAGUCAUUCCUCACGAGCCUGCGCGCCGCCGUCCGCCGCAUGCCUGCAGAGCACCGGAAGCACAUCGAUCGCCUCUCGAUCGUGCAACGCAUCCAACUGCCGCCGGAUUAUGACCGGCUCAGCGACAACAGCACCGAUCGCACGCAGGCACAGCAGUCGGAACACGCGGCGCCAGCACCGACCGAUCGCGUCGAGCGGUUCGUCGUUCCAAAUCCUAUCGCCGGCCAAAGGCCGGCGAUCCGAAUCUCCUCCUUCUCCGACGCCGACGCCCUGCUGGCGGCUCUCGAGACCGAGGAAGCGCCGCCCGUGCGCCCGCUGCCGACAUCGCUGAGGCCGGACUUCGACAUGCAGACCGUGAUGCAUUUUCUCCGCGCUGUGGCCGCCGAGACCGCCGAGGCGGCUCGCUUCCGGCUCGAGGAGGGCGAGUGUGUGGUGGUGGACAACUUCCUGACGGCGCACGGCCGCGAGGCCUACACUGACCUCGGCCGCGCCAUGUGGCAGGUGUGGGCGUGGACAAACGAGUCGCUCGCGGUGCCGCCGGCCGCCGGGCCCAACCGGGAGUGGCUCAAGCGCCCCCCCACGAGUGGUCACGCAGCGGCGAAGGACGAGGUAGAAUAG